UUUCCCAGGGCAGGGCUGGGAUUUCAGAUGGAGGUAUGGGGUGAUGCUGGGAAAGAAGGGGUUGACGCGUGAUGGAUUCUCCCCGUUAAAGAGCCCGGCAAAGCAGUUUGUGUAAAGAAAUGCAUUGGUUGUUUUCAGCCUCUUGAAAACUGUUUGUUUUCAUCCCCCGCCAUUAACGUGAGGUCUAAAAUAAGAACUGCAAUUUGCAGGCACUUUUGCUAUUAGCAAUAGGCAGGAGUUAACCGUUCAAGCUGAAAUGAAUUGUGCUGUGUGGGUUUUUUUGGCCUCCUCUCCCCACCCCCCACUCCCCCCCCUCUUAUUGAUGCAUAAUGUAUGAUGAGAAAAAGUGAAAAAAUAAUUAAAGUCUGAAGAGCGCUGCAUGGAUUCAUUCAUUAUGAAAUCUGGGUCAGCAGUCGGAGAAGGAAAACGAGGAAGGCGGGGUUGGUGGGGGUUGUGGUGGAGUGGAAAAACGGGACUUCAGAAAGGCAGAGGGCAUGGGGGGGGUUUGCAAAAGGCCCUUUGGAGGCAGCCUGGGAAAUGCAGGCGGUGUGGUGCCGCUCUUGGAAGGGAUUCCCUCGCUGGGAAUCACUCCUUGGGGAUGGGCUGGGGGAGCACUGAUGGCUUGCAGCUUGGGUUUGAGCAGCCGUGUGCUUCCUGAAGCAUUGCUUGCUGGUGGGCAAUGCUGAAUCAGGCUGGGGAGUUUGCCCAUGUUGAACCUGGGGUGUGAGAGGGCUGCUUUGGUGUGCCCAGUGGGGUGAUGGGGUGCUGCCCUGGGGUGUGAGCCAGCAUCCAUGGGAGAGCUGUGCUGGGGCUGGGGGGCAAAGCGUGGGAUCCAGCAGAAUCCAGCCACGUGUUGUUUGUCUUCCACUCCAAAUUCUUGCUAUUAUUUUAAUAAGACUCCGUAAAACCUGCUUUUGUGCAGCAGCAUGCAGAGUCUGGAGAGCUGUGGUGAUGGAUUUUCCAUAGGGAUGAGGAUGGGUUUGUGGGUUCUGCAGCCCUGGGCAUCACGCAGGGUUUUGGUCCUGGUUUGGGAUGCAGCUGAUUGGGUUGCAGAGAGCGCGGUUGGAACUUGGAGCCUGGUUCCCCUUUGGCAGGAUGCUUCAAACAGUGCUUUUGUACUGAUUGAGAAGAAAAAUGUAGAACUUCAGGGUUUUAAUCACAAAAUGGAAAUUCUCCUCCUUCCUCUUGCUCCGUCCACAGGAAACGCAGUCGGAAUUGAUUGGACUUAGCAAACAGUGUUCAUCCUUGAGAAAUAUUUUCAUCGUAAGAGCAUUCAUCCUUGAGAAACGAUCUUCUGACCGAGUCAGAUGAAGUGCUCUCCAAUGCAGGGACUCUCCAUCCCCAUACCAGGAGGAUGAAAGUGGGAGCUUUGGGGGUUUCUGUUCCAGCAAAUCUUAAUCACAGUGGUUAGAAGAGACCCUUCGUCUUGUUAACCCCACUAACUACCCAUGGAGACGUGCACAACAAGCAUGGAGAAGCCCUGUAAUAUCUCCUCAUCUGCAGGCACGCACCCAUUCUUUUAUCUUUCUCAGGAGGUCCAUUUCCUGCUGAUGCUUGCAUCGUGUGGAGCCCAUAAAUCAAUUGAUGCUGAGUUGUGAUGCUUCUGUUGUAGCAGUGAGGCUGAUGCAGUGUUGUGAUUUGGUUUUGGGGCUGGAUGGCAUCUGUUGGUGAUGAGUAUCGACGUGCCAGUGAUGGGGAUGAUGAUGCUCCAGCUUUGGGGAAUGGUGGUUUCUAUUCCGCUGCCCUCGUGCCGAUCUAUUUCCAGGCUUUGUGUAGGAAUAGAAAUGGUUAAACUUGGAGGGUUGGGAUGUUUUCCCACACCCUGAAUGGUGGGGGAACACAGAACGCGUAUUGAAUCGGAGGGAAGUAAUAACGCUUCUAAUUUUCCUGUGUGAUUUAAUAAAAAUGUAAAUUGACUUCGGGUGGAUGACUCACUAUGGAGGGUGGUGUCGAUCAAGAUUAAUUGGCGGCUGCAUGAAACCAGUUAGGCUUUGUUCCUUCCCCUCAAAGGCAACUGGAAUUCCUCUGCUGCAAUAACGAUGCGAUGUCCCAGAUGCGGGCUGCACGGUGCUGGGGGUCACAGCCCCAAAGCCGUGGGGUGAGGGGAUCCUGGGGCCAUGGGGAGGCAGCCCCAUUGGGUUGGGUCUUGCUGGUGGCACAGCGUGGGAUGCGGCCCCACAGCACAGGGAUGUCAUCGUCCCGCUGUCACCAAGUGUGCCAGGACACUGCACUCUGACCCGAGUUCAGCUCUGGACACUAAUGGAUUACAAAUAACAGUAAUAAAUUACAGGAGAUGGGAUAAUCUACCUACUGUAAUGUUGUAUUACCGUGACUGUUAGUUAUAUAUUAAUGUAUAAUUGUAUUACAUGAGCUACAUAUGCAUAAAGUUCAUGCUUCGGGGCCCUCAGCCAGCCUUUAACUCUCUGUGGUUCACAAAGAAAUGUGGGUCAGGGCUGAUUUCCCAUGGCAUCCUCUGCCUGGCUGUCUCAUUUGGCAAAGGUUGGUGCAGGAAAGGCGGGUGCCCGUGGUCCCCCAGUUACCUGUGUGCCCAUUUUGCUUUGGUUUGCACCUGAAUGCACAUGGUGCCGGAUGGCUCUCAGCUGGUGCUCGGCGUGACCAAGACCCAGUUCUGUCGAAAGCAAUGAAAGGAGAGUCCUUUCCUUCAGUUAUUUUUAAUGCACUGAACACUGUGAUGGUUCCUGCUUCAGCUCUUGUAAAUGGGAGCGAGCUGCUGUUGGGUCACACAGCUGCCCUGUGUCCCCUGCUCCCCACCAUGGCUUGGGGUGCAGAGGGGCUGUGAGCUGCAGGAUGGGUGGGGUGGGGAUGCCCCAUCCCUUCCCUUGGGAUUUCUGCUCCCACAUGGGAUGGUAUCAGAGCACCCAGCCACUGCUGCACCCCAUUGCAGCAUCAGUGUGCCCAUGGUUGGAGCAGUGAUGUUAGCAUAGGGGUGGGAUAUGCACACUGAAGGAGGGUGCAGUUCUUGUCCUGGUAUGAAAUGGGGGUGGAAACCCCAUUGCUUGGCUCAACCCCCCCCUUUGCUGCUUUUUCCUGUGGAUGUUCACAUGCUUUUCCCUCAUCCCAUCCCCAGCAGGGCUGGCUGCCUAUGGGAUGGAGAAUGCAGCUCUGGAGGAAGGGGAGAGGGGGAUUUCUGCCUUUCUGCCCAUGCUGGAGCACCUACCCCCACCGUCCUGCCUCUCUGCUGCAAUCCCUGUCCUCCCGCGGGCGCGAGAAGCAGGGGCAGGAAGCGCAGCCUGCUGCCAGAUGGCUCCAAACAUAGCAUCUGUAAUACUUGAUCAGAAGAAAUUAUGGCCGAGUCGCUCUCCCUGAUUAAACAGCCUGGCCAGAUCUCCUGCCAGCCAGCUGGGCGGCCUCACCCUCCCUGCGCCAGUGGGGAGGUGACAGAGCUGGGGACACGGGAUGCAGGGUGGUGGUGGCACGGCGAUGGGGUCGGACUGGCACCCUGCAGUGGGGUAUCCUUAUCCUUUGGGCACGCUGUCACCUCCAUGAUGCCCCAUGGCUCAGUGGGCAGCCCUUGCUGGCACAUCGACAUCCCAGCUCUGCUCCACGUGGGAUGCUGCAGAAGAGGAGCAGUUCGGUGAGCAGGGAAACAGAGUGCAGGUCUCAGGCUGCUUCUGAGCUCUGAAAGGUCACUGAAAAGCUCGCAAGCAGCCUCGGAGCAACCUGUCCUCUGGCUCACCCUGCCCCUGUGCUUGUACCGAGCUCCGUGGCCAAAGUGCAGCACUGCUGCUUUCAAUGGACUUGGCGUAGGGACGGCUGUUAGAUGAGUUCACUCUGUCUGGCUCCAUCUAUGCUGGUGAAAUGCAGGCGUGGACUAAUGCCACGCAUUUCCACUAAUACCAGUGGAAAAUCUCUGGCACUGGGCACGUGGCUUGCAGGGAGCACAUCCUGGUUUGCUGCAGUGGUGCUGGGCUGGAAUUUUUUUUCUGAAUGGAAAGCAGGAGAUGUCUAUACUGUUAAACCGUGGGAUUGGCUGUAGGCUGGAGGAAAGAACCCUGAAUAGCACAGAAGAGGUGGGCAGGGGGUGUCCAGGCAUGGCUUUGAAGAGGAUGCUCUAAGGAAUGCUGGAGCAAUGCUGGAGCAGAAAUGCUAAGUCAGGGCUUGAAGCAGUGAUUGAGCACCUGGUGGGAAGGCAGGGCCAACCCAGGGCAGCUCAGGUGUAUUCAGUGCACUGAGUGAGCAGAAGGGCUGGAGCCAGGAUCCACCCCAGCCCAGACCUCAUUGAAGGGUUGGCAGUGGAAGCGAGGGUUUUUUUCCUGGAGAUCCCUGCCUGGAGGCUUGAGGCCUUCCAAAGAUUUCUCAAACCAAGUGAAUUCCACAUCCCUGAACUCCCCGACGAGCCGAGGCCCCAUGGCCACCCCAUCCCUGCACCCGUCCAUUGGGCCGGGCAUCGGCUCCUCGUUGGGCUCCCCAGGCCAGCUGCACUCACCCAUCAGCACCCUGAGCUCACCCAUCAAUGGCAUGGGGCCACCCUUCUCCGUUAUCAGCUCCCCCAUGGGCCCACACUCGAUGUCUGUCCCCUCCACGCCCAGCUUGGGAUUCGGCACCAGCAGCCCACAGCUCAACUCACCCAUGAACCCCGUCAGCAGCUCAGAAGACAUCAAGCCACCCCUGGGGCUCAAUGGAGUCCUCAAAGUGCCAGCACAUCCCUCAGGAACAAUGGCCUCCUUCACCAAGCACAUAUGUGCCAUUUGUGGGGACAGAUCUUCAGGUAAACAUUAUGGGGUGUACAGCUGCGAGGGCUGCAAAGGCUUCUUCAAACGCACGGUGAGGAAGGACCUGACCUACACCUGCCGUGACAACAAGGACUGCUUGAUCGACAAGCGCCAGCGCAACCGCUGCCAGUACUGCCGCUACCAGAAGUGUCUUGCCAUGGGGAUGAAGAGGGAAGCUGUGCAGGAGGAGAGGCAGCGGGGGAAAGACCGCAACGAGAACGAGGUGGAGUCCACAAGUAGCGCCAAUGAGGACAUGCCUGUGGAGAAGAUCCUGGAAGCAGAACUCGCUGUGGAGCCAAAGACAGAGACGUACAUUGAGGCAAACAUGGGCCUGACGCCGAGCUCGCCCAACGACCCGGUGACAAACAUUUGCCAGGCGGCCGACAAGCAGCUCUUCACCUUGGUGGAGUGGGCCAAGAGGAUCCCCCAUUUCUCAGAGCUGCCCCUGGAUGACCAGGUCAUCCUGCUGCGAGCAGGGUGGAACGAGCUCCUCAUCGCCUCCUUCUCCCACCGCUCCAUAGCUGUGAAGGAUGGGAUCCUGCUGGCCACCGGGCUGCACGUGCACCGCAACAGCGCGCACAGCGCCGGCGUUGGGGCCAUCUUUGACAGAGUACUGACAGAACUCGUGUCGAAGAUGCGAGACAUGCAGAUGGACAAGACAGAGCUGGGCUGCCUGCGAGCCAUCGUCCUCUUCAACCCCGACUCAAAAGGUCUCUCCAACCCGGCUGAAGUGGAGGCGUUACGGGAGAAGGUGUACGCAUCGCUGGAGGCGUACUGCAAGCACAAAUACCCCGACCAGCCUGGGAGGUUCGCCAAGCUCCUGCUCCGCCUGCCAGCCCUACGGUCCAUCGGCCUCAAAUGCCUGGAGCACCUCUUCUUCUUCAAGCUAAUAGGCGACACGCCGAUCGACACCUUCUUGAUGGAAAUGCUGGAAGCACCCCAUCAAAUGACUUAGAGAACUGCCGCUGGGUCAGUCCCUCACCCGGCCAGGGCCAUGCGGGCUCCGUCCUCUGCUUCCUCCUCCUCCGCCCCAGCCCCUUCCCACUGCUCCCCAAAUGCUGGAGGCACCGUCCGAGCUUCUCCGCGUGGUCCCCGGGCCGAACCCGCACCUCCCUGCCGCCUCAUCACGUUGACCUUUUUGUCCGUUCGCUGUCACUGCUGCAUCUAAAGACCUCUGAUGGCUGUUUUUUCCCUGCGGUAGAUGUAGAGGAGUGGGGACGGAUGGCUUCGCAUCAGUGCUGGGUGGCACGUGGCAUGGGAGCAGGGACGGUCCUGCGCCAUCCCGGCCCCGCCGUGGGGUUUGGACGAGUCAAGGGAGCGGUUCGGCUCACCGGAUUUGCAGCUGGCUAUUAUCAGAGGAUGGAGUUGGUUUUUUUUGGUGGUGUUUUUAGGUUUUUUUUGUUGUUUUUUUUUUUUUUUUGGUUUUUUUUUUGAACAAGAGAAAAGAAAAAGAAAAAAAAAAGAAAAUUAUUCUAUUUUUGGUUUCCAACUAUUCUUAGUAGUCUCAGCAGUUCCUUUGCGAAAGGGAGAGGCUGUGGGGAGGGGUGGCUCUCACUGGGCUCCAUUAGUGAGUCACCGUGGCUGCACGGAGCCUCUUUGCUCAAAGCAAGGGGUUUGGGACUGAGCUCAAUCCCUCUCUGAACAACGUGGGGCUGCCCUGUCCCCCUCUGCUGUCCCCAGUGAUGCUGCUCCUCUGGGACACGUAGCUCUGGAGUGCUUGCUUUAAGGCUGCCAGGGAUGUGGUUCCACUUUUCUGCAGCUCACGGAGGUCCUGCUGGGCCCCCUGCCCUUCUUGCUGUGCCCAACGUCCUGGCACAGCCCUACAGGAGCUGCCUUAUUGCAGGAGCUGUCAUGCUGGAGCAGCAGGAUCUGGUGGCUCAGCAGUGCUCCUGUUGGGUUCUGUAGUCCUGAGUUCAUGCAGGGGCAUUUCCAGCCAGAAGGUGGGCUCAGCAAAGUGCAGACUGUAGGGAGCAGCAGCCCUGCAACCACCGGCAGCCCAUGCAUGGUGUUUCAGUAGCUGUGGUGCAAGGCAGCAGUUAGUGGGAGCUCUCAGCCGUGCUGCUCCCUGGGGCGUUCAUUGGCAAUGAUGCAGGAAUGGAGCUCACCGUCCCUGAAUAUCCCUCAUUGGAAUGGUGGAGGACCUGUGCCAUUCACCUCACCCUCUUGCAUUAAGCAGGGGAGAAAAUGAGAGAGAAGAUCAGAGUGAAGUCUCUCAUUGGGGGUUUCUCCCUCCAUAACAGGACUGAGCGUCCCAAACACACCAUGGGCUGGGGGGAACCAAGGCUGAGUGCCUGCAGUUGGCCCUGGACCGAGGGCUUCCCCAUGGCUUUUAUGUCUGCUGUAAGACAGCCAAGUGGUCCCAAAAAGAAUGCAAUCUCCUGCAGAGCAUCCCAUCGGCUGCUCUGUGCCUGGGGAACACAGUUAUCACCUGCCUGUUCUCACCCCACUGGCAGCUCAAGUUCCAGCUCCAUCCCCAUCAGGCCAUCUCCUUGCUGGCAAAUCCACAGAGGUGGGGAAAAUCUUUUGGCCAUCUUUCUCCAGCAGCCUGCAUGCCGCUGAAAAUAUUAUUAAACAGCUUCACCCUGGAAGAAUUUGCCAAGAAAAGAAGGCGAGAGAAAUGAAAUGUAGUGAGAGUGCCAAUAAACGGGGCUGCUCAGUGCCUGCCCAGUGUGAGGCUGGGGGCUGGCAGCAGUGAGGUCAGAGCGUGCUGGGGGUCGGUCAGCUGUGCACUAUAAUAAACCUGGACCCUUGUUUAUCUCCCUUGGGUAGAACCACUUCUUUUUUUGCUUUUGUUUUUUUUUAAUGAUUGACUGCUUGGAAGGGGCUGUUUUGGUUUGCACUGUUGGACGGCUGAGCAUGUGCCCCCAUCCCAUCCCUUCCUGUCCAUCGUAUGCUUCCCAUUCAUCAUAUCCAUCCCAUCUCUUCAAUCCCACCUAACUGUAUCCCAUCCAUCCAGUCAAAUCCCUUCACUGUCACCCCAUCCCUUCCAUCUUAUCCCAUCCAUUCCGUUCCAUUUCAUCCGUCUCAUUCAUCCCAUUCUGUCCUUCCUGUCCUACCCCACCCUGUCCCAUCCAUCUCAUUCAUCCCACCCUGUCUUUCAUACCCCACUCUUCCCAUCUAUCCCAUUCAUCCCAUUCAUCCCAUCCCACCCUGGUUCCUGUCUGACCCCUACAAACACAAAUGCUGUGAGCAGCGGGUUGCCUUCAGCAUGCAGCAGGGUGCAAAGCCCUCAUGCUGGGGUUCCCAAUCAGGACACAUCUCCGUGCCUCAGUUUCCCUGGAGCAGCACAGUUCUAGGAUUCCUGCCCCUUACAGAGGAAGCUUUGGAGAAAGGCUGAGCGUUGUCCUGGUGUCAAGAGAGCUGUAAAUCAGCAUAGCUCUCUGUUUCACAGCAGCAGCCUUUCGGGGCUCAGCCCCCAGAGAUGAGCCCUGCUCCCCCAUGCAGGGCCACCAAGGCAGCCGUCCCCAGCAGAAGGAUGAGCUCCCGUGCCUCGCUGUCACCUGCCACAGCAGCCUUAAAGCAACCUGCUCUUGCAUGAGUUUGGCUCUUUCAUCUGUAUUCUUUUUCACUUCUUGGCUUUUAGUUUUUCCCCCCCCCCUCGUCGUAGUGAUCCUGACUGUAUUACGUGCUUUUUUGAGGAGGUGAUACAUGGGUAAAAGAAAGGAAGAAAAAAAAAGGCACAUUAUCCACUAGCGAGGUAGGACGUUCAUUUAAGCAGAUCUUAGUACUCUCGCCAACAUCUGGUUUCCAUUAGGGUGAUCGUUUUUUAUUUUUUAUUUUUUAUUUUUAAAUAUAUAUGUAUUUUUUAAAUUUUCUUCUUGCUGUUGGUGGGACAAUCUUUAAUUUUCUAAAGAUAGCACAAACAUCAGCUUUUCAGCCCCCACCAUCCGGGCUCAGAGGCGAUGCUGUCCCCAUCAGAGACCGCCUGGGUUCACGGAUACGUGCUGUGUAUACAUGUAUGUACUGUAGAUAUAUACACUGUACAAAUAGCCUCACUCACAUAUACGUAUAUUAUACCUGUAGCAAUGACAGACUUUAUUUUUUGGUGUUGAUUCUUCCCCUCCCUCCCCCCACGUGUUGUUUUUGCUUCCGUUGUAUGCGAACCCCUUUCCCAAUUGGCACAAGCCGAACCUGGGUCCUUAUAACUCGCCGCAAAGGAGAUGCAUCUAUUUUAAGAUGCCCCUUUUUUGUUUCUGUUUUGUUCUGUUGGUUCUUUUUCGGUGUUUUUUUGCCGUUGUUUUCCCUUCGGAGCAGCAGGUGGCGGUGAGGAAGAAUAGCUUUAGCCGUUCCCCGAUGCUUAGCGAUGGAUGCCUGGGCUGUGGGGGUCGCGUAGCUGAAAGAAAACAAAAAGGAAACACGUUAAAAAUUUCGAAUAACAAAAACGAAAACGAAAAAAAAAAAAAAAAAGAAAAAAAAAUAU